AAAUAAGGCAAAUAAAGACAAGAUCGCCUGGCGCUGGGCGCUUUGAUUUGGCGCUUUACGUGUUAGGCUUAGCGGGAGGAGUGGCAGUGAAGCGCAGCGAGUGACAGUGGCAGUGGCAAAAAGAGGGCGACGAAGCCUACGCAAUCCCCUCCACACAAACCUUUUGGCUGCCUCUGUCGCUGCAAAAAGGGGCAUUUUUUGUGUUUUUAUUCUCCUAGAUUUCUUCUCAAACCUUAUUUCUUUACAGCUAGAAAAUUUUAGCUUCCUUUUUGCUGGUCGCAGCGACAUCUCUAACUAGCUUCUUCUCUACGGCUGCCUCUCACCCCGCCUGUUUGUCACCAGCCAACUACACCGACACCUAGAGCACCAAAGAUGCCCAACCACAUUAUCCUCGCCUCGGGGGCCGUCGUGGCCGUCUCGGUCGUCGUGGCCACCGCCAUUGCCAUUUACGAGAACCCCGAUCUACGACGGUACAGCGAGGACGGCUUCCUCGAAACGAGACGGGGUGCGGGCGCUGAGCCGGGCGUAGAUGCCGACGAAGACUCUCGCCGCAGACAGCGUGAGGAGCUCAUGUACUGGAACUCCAUGCUGCUUAAGAAGCAGCAGGACGAGAAGGAGGCCGAAAGGCAGGGCGAGAAAAUGGUGCAACGGCCAAGAGGCACGUCUUUUGACGACUUUAUGAAGCCUGCCCCCAAUUCUGAAGAGGGUGGUGCCUAUGUCAUUCACUCGGGAGCCCAAGUUCAUGAUACCACUGGCGGAUUGAGGAACCGAACCGAGGGAAUGCGUGGAUUCGCGGCCGCGUCUGCAUUUGCGAACCCGUUUGCUGAUGAGUUUACUAUUGGAAGCGACUAUGAAACGGAAGCAAAGCCAUCGAUGCACCCUAGCACAAAGGCUCCGUCGGAUAUCUACAGCGCUACCACCAAGGAUGAUGUUGCGGAGGUGGCAAGCGUCGCGCCGUCCUCGAAUUUGAUUGAGUUUGACGAGCCUCGAUCACUGGAUGAAAUUAUGAUUGCCGGUCAGGAAGGACAGGAGGAUGCGUACUCUUCCAUUCAGGCCUGGGCACGCGAGUCGAGCCGCAACUUUUACUCGCCGCUACCUGAGACGCCGCAGGUAGCCCGCUCUGAGGCUACAGAGGAGGAAGAGGACAGCUCUGACGAGGAAGACGGACAGUUGACGCCUACUGAUUCUGUUUCAGUCAUUGGGUCCCAGAUUUCACGGCCAUCAGAGACACUCGAUGUUCUCAGUGAGAGCUCCGGCAUGAUGACACCCGCCAGCUGGUCCGAGGUUGGCAGUGUCAUCAGCGAAAGCGAGGCCAACGGGCCUAUCCAUUCCUAAAUGUACAUUUUUGGACUGUUGACUACGCAUUUUCUCCUUUGGCGUUGUUUUGUACUAUGGCGUUUUGAUACCGUUUCUCAACUACCACGCUGAUACUAUACAUCCUUUUGGUGGUGGUAUUGUUGUUGUUGUUGUUGUUGUUGUUGCAAUACAUGGUGUACUG